GGCAACUGCAUCCUUCGCCUGCACUAGUGCGUGUACUGCACAGGAUACGGCCGAAGUUAGGUACCGGGCGUUCCGUCUCGACUGCAAGCCAACACCACAACGAUGUGAGGAGUGAAGACCACCGAGCCUCGCACCCGUAACCGCUGAUCGCCGACCACGCCCCCCCGACCCCCUCCCCCUAACUUCCGGCGUCCGCGCCGCCCCUACUGCCCUCCGGCGCCCUCCCCGGCCACUCCGCGCAACAAGACUGCACAAUGGCUUCCGACUCGUCCCACGCGGGCAAGAAGCCCGUCAUCAUCGUCGGCGCGGGCCUCGCCGGCCUCGUCGCCGCCUUCGAGCUCUCGCAGCAGAACGUGCCGACCCUGAUCCUCGACCAGGAGAACGCGGCCAACCUGGGCGGCCAGGCCUUCUGGUCGCUGGGCGGCCUGUUCUGCGUCGACUCGGCCGAGCAGCGCCGCAUGGGCAUCAAGGACUCGCGCGAGCUGGCCAUGCGCGACUGGUUCGGCUCGGCCCGCUUCGACCGCGAGAAGGAGGACUACUGGCCGCGCAAAUGGGCCGAGGCCUUUGUCAACUUCGCCACCGACGAGAUGGAGAGCUACGUCAAGGCCCGGGGGAUUGGAUUCCUCGUGAACGUCGGCUGGGCCGAGCGCGGCGACGGCCGCGCCGAGGGCCACGGCAACUCGGUGCCGCGCUUCCAUGUGACCUGGGGCACCGGCCCGGAGGUCGUGCGCGUCUUCGCCGAGCCCGUCAAGGCGGCCGAGAAGAAGGGCAUCGUCGAGUUCAAGUUCCGCCACGUGGUCGACGACAUCAUCGUCGAUGAGAAGACCGGCCGUGCCGUCGGUGUCAAGGGACGCGUACUGGAGCCGGACGACUCGCCGCGCGGAGUGAAAUCGUCCCGGACAGCGGUCGGCCAGUUCGAGAUCCACGGCUCUGCCGUGCUGGUCUCGUCCGGCGGCAUCGGCGGCAACGUCGACAAGGUCAAGGCGUGUUGGCCGGUCGACCGCCUCGGUCCCAACGUCCCCAAGAACUUCGUCGUCGGCGUGCCGGCCCACGUCGACGGCCGCAUGAUCGACAUCGCCGAGCGCGCAGGCGCCAACGUCAUCAACCGCGACAGGAUGUGGCACUACACCGAGGGGCUUGUCAACUGGGACCCCAUCUGGCCGGGCCACGGCAUCCGCGUCCUGCCUGCACCCUCGUCGCUCUGGCUCGACGCCACCGGCAAGCGGCUCCCACCCUUCCUGUAUCCCGGCUGCGACACCCUGGCCACGCUGAAGCACAUCUGCAGCACCGGCUACGACUACACAUGGUUCAUCACCGACCAAACCAUUGUGGCGCGCGAGUUCGCGCUGUCGGGCUCGGAGCAGAACCCGGACGUGACGGGCAAGAGCAUCUGGCAGGUGCUCAUGCAACGCGUCUUCAGCUCCAAGGGCACCGUGCCGGUGCAGAACUUCGUCAAGCACGGCGUCGACUUCGUCGUGCGCGACAACCUGGAGGACCUCGUGGCCGGCAUGAACGAGCUCGUCUCGACCGUGAGCGGCGCGCCGCGGCUCGACUACGCCCAGAUCAAGCAGGUCGUCGAGACGCGCGACGGCCAGUUCGACAACCCGUACUCCAAGGACGCCCAGGCCAUGCUGAUCCACAGCGCGCGCAACUACUGGCCCGACCGCCGCAGCCGCGUCGCGCCCCCGCACCGCCUGCUCGACGUCAAGCGGCACGGCCCGCUGAUCGCCGUGCGCAUGAACCUGCUGACCCGCAAGACCCUCGGCGGCAUCGAGACGAACCUCGACAGCAACGUCAUGCGCCCCGACGGCACGCCCUUCCCGGGCCUGUACGCCGCCGGCGAGGCCGCCGGUUUUGGCGGCGGCGGCGUGCACGGGUACAGCUCGCUCGAGGGCACCUUCCUGGGCGGCUGCAUCUUCUCGGGCCGGGCGGCCGGCCGGGCCAUGGCGAAGGAGGUGUUGGCGGCGGAGGCGGCGGCGGCCGGGGGCGGGGCCGAGUGAGUGUUGUGCUUGCUCUGCUUGGACACUAGCUGGGAGUUGGGGGGUGUUGGCUUGCUUUUGCGUUCUUUUUGUUCUCUUCACCUAAGUUCACCUCUCAUUCCCGCGAUUCCUUACCUACUGCUGCAUCUAUAUCAUGAGCAUUAAUCAUACAACAUCGAUUCUCCG